GAAAAGAGGUAGGAAGAGGAUACUCACUUCCGGUGUAAUCAAAAGAAGAGAUUAUGCUGCCGAGUUAUAUGAAAUAAGGCAUUUAGUAUUUUUUUAUGCUUUGUCAUAUUUUACAUGUAGAAGUGGUCCUCGUCGACAAAAUUUGUCGCGUCUGUUCAUAGCAGCGAUUUACAAGGUUACUUAAAAUGCCGUUAGAAAAUCUGGAAGAAGAGGGCUUGCCUAAAAACCCCGAUCUGAGAAUCGCCCAGCUCAAGUUCUUGCUUACGAUUGAUGAAUGCAGGCAAGAUGUGAAAAUUAAAACGGAGCUUAUGGAGGCGAUCAAACAUAACAGCAUGGCACCUUACUACGAAGUUAUCUGCAAAGAGCUGAAGUGGCAGGUGGACCCCGACCUGUUGAACAAAAUGAAGAAGGAGAAUGAUGAGGUACAGAAGCGCCUGGACGAUGUUUUGGAGGAUGCCGAAAAGAACCUCGGCGAAAGUGAAAUCCGGGACGCUAUGAUGGCCAAAGCCGAAUACCUCAUUCGCAUUGGCGACAAGGAAGGAGCACUGACAGCAUUCAGGAAGACUUAUGACAAAACGGUUGCUCUGGGACAUAGAUUAGAUAUUGUUUUUUACUUGCUGAGAAUUGGGCUGUUUUACAUGGACAGCGAUCUCAUAAUAAUGAAUACUGAAAAAGCAAAAAGUUUAAUAGAGGAAGGCGGUGACUGGGACAGGAGGAACCGUUUGAAAGUAUACCAGGGACUUUACUGUCUGGCCAUCAGGGACUUCAAGGAGGCUGCAGAGCUCUUUCUGGACACCGUGUCCACGUUCACCUCCUAUGAGCUGAUGGACUACAAAACUUUUGUCACAUUCACUGUGUACGUCAGCAUGAUAGCGCUGAAGAGACCGGACCUUCGGGAGAAGGUAAUAAAGGGUGCAGAGAUUUUGGAGGUGCUGCACAGUCUUCCCGGUGUACGUCAGUACCUGUUCUCUCUGUAUGAGUGCAGGUAUUCAGUGUUCUUUCAGUCCCUGGCUGCAGUGGAGCAGGAGAUGAAGAAAAACUGGCUCUUUGCCCCUCAUUACCGCUUCUACGUGCGUGAGAUGCGGAUCCUGGCCUACAGUCAGUUGCUGGAGUCCUACCGCUCCCUGACACUGGGUUACAUGGCCGAGGCCUUUGGCGUUAGCCCGGAGUUUAUUGACCAGGAACUCUCACGAUUUAUUGCAGCCGGUCGACUCCACUGCAAAAUUGAUAAAGUCAAUGAGAUUGUUGAGACAAACAGGCCUGACAGUAAGAACUGGCAGUACCAGGAAACCAUAAAGAAAGGAGAUCUGCUGCUGAACAGAGUCCAAAAGCUAUCCAGAGUCAUCAACAUGUAACCUAGUAUGACUGCUGCUCCUCAAGGUCAGGGGCAGUGCAGACCUCGCGUCCAGGACUGGCUGCCUCCCUGGGGGAGGGUGGGGGCUUCUUAAACUUUAUGUAUAUAAUAAAUAUUUUCCACAAACAGGAA